UGUGUCGAGCGUGUUAGUUGGCUGGGACUUUCAAGGCAAGUGUGGGCUACUCUCAUACAGGUUUUGUUGGAUCAAGUCCUAUAUAUAAACAUUCGAUUUAUCUCGUGCAUCAAUACCGUGGUAAUAUCACCAACAGACAUGGCACAACAGGGAACACAUAACAUUGGUAUGUCUGGUGGAAUUGCGGUUCGAUCUAAUGCUUGUGGGCAGUAUAAUGGACCUCAACAACAAGUCCACAACAGAGACCAGAGAAUUCAGGAUGGAAAUAUUGGAGCUCUAACUUCUGGCGACAACAACCAAGGACCAAUGACUGCAAACAUUGGCCAAGAAAGGACCGAAGAUUGGGAUCCAAUGAAGGCCACAUCUGCAGAUGUUCAAAACCUGCUCCGACAAGAAGAGUGUGAUGACAACACUAUUGCCAUUUUCAAAAAGAAGAAAAUUAAUGGAAGAAUGCUUCUCAAACUUAGUCAGGAGGAUCUGAACCAGUAUGGUCUGACGGAUGAAGAUGAGAAGAAACGAGUCCUGGACCUCAUCCAAGAUGUUCAAGAUGGAAAACUAAAAUUGAAUUGAACUGGUCAGGAAAAGGUUCCAGUCAAAUAUGAGGUUGCUCCUGCUACUCAGUAAAGCAUACAAUUUGCAGUUUCUCUUGCUUCGCUAAAUAUAAUUUGCUAAUUAUUUCUAAGAUGCCUAAGAUGCCUGAUACACUGUUGCAUAGCCCGUUGAAGAAAUGUCGACAUAAACCCUUUACUUUUGAAAUAUAUAUGCGUGGUUAAUUCAACGGAAUUGGAAAUAAAAGAGAGAAGUAAC